AGAGAUUCAAAAGAAGCUAAACAUCAAGGGUGGAAAAGAAUUGGGAAGCCUAAGCACCACAAGAUGGAGCGCUCGUUACGCUAACUGCAAUGCCGUAAUGAACAAUUUCGGCGCAAUCAAAGAAGCUCUUGAGAAGGAUAUUGAGGGGGCGCAGGAUGGAGGUAUGGUGGAGGCCAUUGGUUUGUUGAGAUCUAUCACAAAACCUGAAUUCGUUGUAAAUCUUUUCGUAAUACAUUCAGUUUUAUCAGUGACCAAUGUGCUGAGUAAAUAUUUACAAGGCACAAAUGCGACGCUUGGUAAAGCAAGUUCAGUUAUUGCUAGCAUUCAAACUACUUUCGUAGAAUCGAGAAAUAACUUUGAUGACUUAUGGGCUAAGAUCGAAGAAUUUGCGAACAACAACGACAUUUCGCUGGAGCCUGUGUCUAUCUUAAAGAAAAGGAAGCAGCAGGCGCCUUCAAAAUUGAGCGAGUGCUACGUUCAAACUACUUUAGGAAGAAGUCAACUGACCGCCCUCCCAUCUGAUACCAGGCCCCGUGACUAC